AUGCAGCCGAAUGCCUUUCACAAGCUUUUGUUACUACUGCCGCUCGCCUAUCAGCAUACAUCAAAUGAUGAUCAUAAAGACGAAUCGCACUGGAACUACGAGACGAACGGACAGAACUGGGGAGGAAUUUGCUCUUCGGGCGAAAGGCAGUCACCCAUUUCAUUAAACGUCCAAAAAUCGCUCAUCGUCCCACUGCCGCGGAUCGUCUUCGGCAACUAUGACGUAAAGCUGAGGGGACCGCUCACCCUGCACAACAAUGGACAUACAGCUCACGUGGAGAUACCAGAAACUGCUAACGGCAACAAACCCUUCAUAACCGGGGGUCUGCUCAAGGGCAGAUAUGUGGCCGAGGCAUUCCACUUCCACUGGGGAUCCCCGAGCUCCCGCGGAUCCGAGCACUCCAUCAACCAGCAGCGAUUCGACGUGGAGAUGCACAUUGUCCACCGAAAUGCGAAGUAUGGAGAUAUCGAUGAGGCGAAAAACAAGAAAGAUGGCAUUGCUGUUAUUGGAGUCAUGCUGAAAAUAGUGAAGAAUCCCAAUCGCAUAUUUCCGGGAUUGAGCAAAGUGAUGAGUGCGUUGCCGCGAGUGACGAAGUACAACGCGAAGACGACCAUUCCGGGCGGAGUGAGUCUGGGCCAGAUGCUUGGAAACGUGAAUCCGCGGGACUUCUUCACCUACCGCGGAUCCCUGACCACGCCCCUUUGCGAGCAGUCUGUCACCUGGACGGUGUUCUCCCAGGUCCUGCCCGUGCCCUAUUCGUCGGUGUCGAAGUUCUGGAAACUGCGCGACUCCGAGGGGCACAGGCUGAUCAACAAUUUCCGGGACAUCCAGCCGCGAAAUGGACGCCCAGUGUUCUACAGGAUCGGAAAGGAUCUGAGUGGGGCCUACCUGGGAAAGUGAUGCUACUGUAGCUAGACUUAAGAUCCGUAUUUAUUAUAGUU